GGCAAGCAGGCAAGCAAGUUUCCUCUUAAAUCUUAAAAUACUGAUUGCAGAGGGCAAUGCAACUAUGUAAGGUGAUGGGUAUGUACCCAGUUGACAUUAAAUCACAGUAAAAGGGACCAGCGUAAUCAAAAAAAUCUCCCACACAGCUAAUUUACAGGCUGCAUACACUGAUGUCCCUUAUUCCAGGAUUGAACAUAAAAUGAAACUCUUUAACUGAGGUUCCUUUCUAGUAAUGGGUAGUCCUUGUCAAAGCCCUCCUGCGUAUGCCCUCCUCCUUCAUUCACUUGCAAAUCACUGGGUGUUUGGUACAGCCAACACCCCCCCCUUCCUUCCCUCCCAACGUUCACAUUCCUUUACACCUUCCGCCCCUGUUCCCCAAAGCCACAGAUCCAGCCCUGGCUACUGCUUCAUCAGUAGCAUGAGCUCUUAGCCUAGGAAGGAUGGUGCUUUUUUAAGCAGAGGUUCUGAACCCAAAUCAAUCAGACCGAGGGGGGUGGUGGUGGUGUCUACGGCUUCAGUUUGCUACUUGCUGAAGUUAAAAGUGAUGCAGAAGGAGAGAGGCAGGGACAAGGAAAGGGAGAGGGAGAGAGAGAGCUAGAGCGGGGGAGGAAGGUCUGUGUAGACACAGCGUUGGAGCGAAGAUCCACAGGCAGAUGAGGAACUAAAGCAACCUUGAACAGCGUCAGCUGGAAGUAAAGCUUCAGCCGCUUUCACCAGCAAGAAGGAGAUCAUUUCAAAGAGGAAUACAACAACAUUUACAGAAGAUUCUACAGGUUAAAGGAAAAGACACACCAAGUUCAGCAGACUUCUCUGCAGAAGGCCCAAAGAAUGAAAACUUGCAACUGCUUGUCAUUUCUAAUUUGGACUUGUAUUUUUUACGAGAUUCCUACUUUACUAUCACCGAAGAGGACCAGCGUGUAUUUGCAAGCUAAAAGAAUAAUGGGGCUAGCUAAGGAUCAGGGAAAAGCCAUGCAUCGGACAAAGCGUGGAUGGAUGUGGAAUCAAUUUUUUUUACUGGAGGAAUAUACUGGUCCAGAUACUCAAUAUGUGGGCAAGCUACACACUGACCAAGAUAAAGGAGAUGGAAAUUUAAAAUACAUAUUAACGGGAGAUGGAGCUGGCAGCGUAUUCGUUAUAGAUGAAAACACCGGAGAUAUUCAUGCAGCAAAAAGGCUGGACAGAGAAGAAAGGUCUCUGUAUGUGUUACGUGCCAAGGCUAUAGAUCGAAAUACUGGAAGACAGGUGGAACCAGAAUCGGAAUUUAUCAUUAAAAUCCAUGAUAUCAAUGACAAUGAGCCCAAAUUUACGAAGGAUAUUUAUAUAGCCAAUGUUCCUGAAAAGUCUGCAGUUGGCACUUCUGUUAUUCAAGUAACAGCGACUGAUGCUGAUGACUCUAACUAUGGCAACAGUGCCAAAAUUGUAUAUAGCAUCCUCCAGGGUCAGCCAUAUUUCUCAGUGGAUCCAGACACAGGUAUAAUCAAGACUGCUUUGCCAGAUAUGAGCCGAGAAAAUCGAGAACAGUACCAAGUGGUCAUCCAAGCCAAGGAUAUGGGAGGCCAGAUGGGUGGAUUAUCAGGAACUACCACAGUGAACAUCACCCUGACUGAUGUCAAUGACAAUCCACCUCGAUUCCCUCAGAGCACAUAUCAGUUUAGCUCUCUAGAGUCUGCACCGCUUGGGACUUCACUUGGCAGAAUAAAAGCCAAUGACCCCGAUGUGGGUGAAAAUGCUGCAAUUGAGUACAGCAUUGCUGCCGGCGAUGGAUCUGACAUGUUUGAUAUCAUCACUGACAAGGACACACAAGAAGGGAUUUUAACAGUCAAAAAGCAAUUAGAUUUUGAAAAGAAGAAUCAAUAUAACCUAAAAGUAGAAGCGACUAACAUUCAUCCCGACCCACGAUUUUUCUACUUGGGACCAUUUAGAGAUUCAGCUUUGGUCAAAGUUUACGUGGAAGACGUCGAUGAGCCACCUGUUUUUAAUUUACCAUCUCAUUUAAUAGAAGUUGAUGAAGAUGUCAGAGAAGGCAGUAUCAUUGGGCAAGUGAUAGCCCAGGAUCCAGAUGCAACGAAGAACCUCAUCAAAUAUUCUUUGGAUCGCCACACUGAUUUUGACAGAAUAUUCAACAUCUAUUCAGGAAAUGGUUCAAUAUUUGUUUCUAAGACCCUUGAUCGAGAAGCAGCCCCAUGGCAUAACCUCACUGUUGUUGCAACUGAAAUUAGCAAUCCAAAACAAAGUACUCAGACUCCCAUCUUCAUUCGGAUUUUGGAUAUAAAUGAUCAUGCCCCAGAGUUUGCCAAGUUCUAUGAAACUUUUGUUUGCGAGAAUGCAAAAGCAGGACAGCUGAUACAAACUGUUAGUGCUGUGGAUAAAGAUGAACCACCACGUGGACACAAAUUUUUUUUUGAACUGGUGCCAGAAUACACAGUCCAUCCAAAUUUCUCUAUUGUGGAUAACAAAGAUAACACGGCAGGUGUUGUAACCAGACGGAAUGGAUAUAGCCGCAGUAAAAUGAGCACCUAUCUCCUGCCAGUAAUAAUAUUUGACAAUGACUACCCCAUCCAGAGUAGUACGGGCACACUGAGCAUCAGAGUGUGUGCCUGUGACAGCAGGGGAAAUAUGCAGUCUUGUAACGCUGAAGCUUUGCUCCUUCCGGCAGGUCUUAGCACAGGUGCACUCAUUGCCAUUCUGCUCUGCAUCAUUAUUCUGCUAAUUUUGGUUGUGCUGUUUGCUGCAAUGAAGCGCCAGAGGAAAAAAGAGCCCUUGAUCAUUUCAAAAGAUGAUGUCCGAGACAACGUUGUCACCUAUAACGAUGAAGGAGGUGGGGAGGAAGAUACCCAAGCUUUUGAUAUUGGCACGCUGAGGAACCCUGAAGCCAGAGAGGAAAGCAAAAUGAGAAGAGAUGUGAUGCCAGAAACUAUUUUCCAGAUAAGGAGGACAGCAUCUUUGUGGGAAAACAUUGAUAUUCAAGAUUUUAUCCAUCGUAGACUAAAGGAAAAUGACUUGGAUCCAACUGCACCCCCUUAUGACUCUUUAGCAACAUAUGCCUAUGAAGGGAAUGAUUCUAUAGCAAAUUCACUUAGUUCUUUGGAGUCACUUACCGCCGAUGGUGGAAAUCAAGACUAUGAUUAUUUGAGUGACUGGGGGCCACGAUUUAAAAAAUUAGCAGACAUGUAUGGUGGAGAUGAGAGUGACCAGGACUAACUGCCUCCUUCAAGAUUACUGAUGCAGCUCCAGCAUUCAUGUGCAUGAGCAGGGAUCUCCUCUCCUCCUCCUCUCCUUUCUUCUCCUCUCCUCUCCUCUCCUCUCUUCUCCUUUUUUUUCUGAGUGAGGAGGCCAGGCAGUGGCCUUGUGCAGACAGACCCAUGAUAUGCACAUGGAAUAUUCCUUAUAACUAUAGAGACUGGGUAGGGGGAGAUGUCCUAUUGGAAGGAGCACCUCAUGGAUAUUGGAGAUUCUUAGAUCACAGCCUGAAAGUAGUAUUUUGUGAGUAGCUCCUUGCUGAUGAGAUCAACACCUCUGUAAUUAGAUUAAAGUGGCCUAUAUUCUCUUACUUGGAAAAACAAACAAACAAACAAAACAUAAGUGUAUGUUUUAGUAAAAGUUUGCUUAAUAAGUCAGUGUGAAUGAAAAUGACUGUUUUUUAAAACAGAAGUAAUAUCUCCUCUUUUUUGUCUAAGAGGUUAGAAAGAGGAUAUUCAAUACAGUAUUAAUUGGGGGGGUAGGUGGGUAAAAUAUCUUUACAAGGCUUUUUGUGCCUUUCAGGAGGACUUUGGGAACACAACUUUUUGUUCAAAAAAAAAUAACACUUUACUUCACUUUCCUUGCUACUGUCCCCUAUACUGUCCCCUAUCCUAUAACAUAAACUGAUUACUCCUUAUAAAAAAAAAGAAUGAAUAUUACUGCCAUAUUUAUUGAGUUAAAAAUGUCUGUGUUGAUUCAUAU